AUGUCGUCCAUAGGCUUCAUAGUGGCGUUCUUUGCCUCCAAGAGAGUGGCGUUGAUUACAGCUUUUCUAUGUUGGACUCCAGAAGAAUUGUCGCAUCUGAGCAGUGAGGCGCGCGGCGCGAGCAUGCGCGUGCGCGUGAUUAACGACUUCGCGUGCUUGCCUACGCUGCCACCGUACGACACGCACCGUGAGGGUAUGCUACUCGACACCACUUGCUCCGACACUCGACUUGUCCUGCAGGAGGCGUCUUCCAGUCGCGCCUUCAACCACCGUCACACGUGGCUCUUUCUCCACGGUUCCUCGUACAACAACUCUGUAAUCGAGCAAACACUCUCCGACGCUGUUAUUUUGCCUGAUGCUGACGUUACCUGGUCUGACGUCAACUCCUUGCUGGAUGUGUAUAAAAUCAAAGCGUACGAGCCGCUAAUCAGCACAGAGUGGGCUUUGAAUCGGACAGAGAGUGCUAAAGAGUUGGAGGCUUUUUGGGCCCGGCAGCCCUCCGUCGUUGCCAGGCGGAAAGACCUGCGAAACGUCUUCUUGAAAGCUGAAGUCAUCGUGAGCCAGCCGCAGCACUUCAAGGGCUGGAGCGACCUGCGCGACCGGCAGAUCGACACCUACCCUAAACUCACUUACCCCAUUAUGAUGCUCGCCGCGGAGGAUUUGCAUUUUCGGUACAACCUGAGGCAGGUGGAUACGUACGGUGUGGAGCACAACGGGUCGUUCGAUGGUCUAGUGGGCCGACUGCAGCGGUACGAGAUAGAACUUGGCGUCGCUUCCGUGUUUAUGCGCGCCGACCGCUGGCGCGUUUUGCACUACUGCGCAGAGACACUUGAGCUCAGGGGCGCGUUUCUAUUUCGGCAGCCGUCGCAGUCGGCGGUGACGAACGUGUUCGUGCUGCCGUUCAGCCGCGGAGUGUGGAGCGCGUGCGUCGGCGUCACGCUGCUAGGCGGCCUGGUGCUGGCCGCACUCUCCCGCGCCUGCGCCCGCGUCGAUCGCUCGCUGCGCCUCAUAACGCCCGCCGAAACCUUCACUUUCGCCGUCGGCGCUGUCUGCCAGCAAGGGUUUCAUGUGACGCCGGCACUGACGUCAGCGCGGCUGGUAAUGUUUUCGUCAAUGCUGAUGGCGCUUUUCUCGUUUACUGCGUACUCCGCGAAGGUGGUGUCGAUCUUGCAGGCGCCCAGUGACGCCAUCCGUACCAUCGACGACAUCACGCACUCGCGCAUGGACCUCGGCGUACAGGAGACUACCUACAAGAAAGUCUACUUCGCAGAAAGUACGGACGCCGCAACGCAACGGCUGUACCGCAAGAAGCUAUUGCCGCUUGGUGACGCCGCCUACCUUAGCGUCGUCGACGGCAUAGAGCGCGUGCGCGCCGGCUUCUUUGCGUUUCAGGUGGAAGAAAGCUCCGGCUACGACGUCAUUUCGCGCACCUACACAGAACGCGAGAAGUGCGGCCUGGCGCAGGUUCAAGCCUUCACACUGCCCAUGGUGGCUGUGCCCAUCCGGAAGCACUCCGGCUACCGCGAGUUGCUCGCCGCCAGGUUGCGGUGGCAGCGCGAGGUGGGCCUGAUGGCGCAGACGCGGCGCGUGUGGAUGUCGGCGCGGCCGCGCUGCGACGCGGCCGGCGGCGGCUUCCUCAGCGUCGGCCUCGUCGACGUGCUGCCCGCGCUGCAGGUCGCCAUAUACUGUGUAUCGAGUACACUUGGCAUCACACAAACAACAACAAGGGAGUUUACUCCACAGCAUGGACCAGCAGUCAUGGAUCAAUAA